GCAGACGAUGUAGGUAGCCUAGUCUAGCUGUAUUUGACAUUCGUAAUAAAAAUUUAUUUGUCAGUGUUAAUAUGCAAGAGAUUAAUAGCAUUAUUAGGAGGUUUGAGGCCCGUACUAUCAUUUCCAACGAUGGUGAAUGUAUUAAAAGGAGUUCUCGUGGAAUGCGAUCCUGCUAUGAAGCAGUUCCUUUUGUAUCUGGAUGAGACGUCAGCGUUGGGGAAAAAGUUUAUUAUUCAGGACCUGGACGAUACACAUGUUUUUAUUUUGGCGGAAGUUGUGCAGAUACUACAGGAGAAAGUAGGGGAACUCAUGGACCAAAAUUCCUUCCCUAUCACCCAGAAAUAAACUCUGGAGUCUCGACUUCUCUCUUUCCCUCUUUUGUCUGGUUUCUUUUGAGCUAGUUUAAAGUGCAUUUUACUUCAACUUCAUUGUCAUCUUCUGGCUACAAUGAAAGAAGUCUUACCGGAAGCUUCCUAAGGCAAAACAACGCAUGUAAACAUCUAAUAAGUGCAAUAUUUGUUCUGUUUUGCUGAGGAAAACGGCAGCGAUAUCAGAUGGAAUCCAGUAUUUUGUGAAUAAAUGUGAAAGAUAA